UUUUUCCUCUAUCUCUAACCCCUCUCUUGUCAAAACAAGAACCCCAAAAAUGUCUGAACCCAUUAGAAAUAAAAAAGCAGAUUUCCCGGUUGCUCCGACGCCGCAAAACACCCCGGCUAACAAUGCCCCUAUCUCGUCUCACGCUCAACAACCUGGUGUCGCCAGCAUAAAAGAAGAAUCCCUUGAUCACGCUGCCGCCGCUUCUUUGUUUGCCAGGAACCCUGGGCUUGUUUCUAUGAUCCAAGGGAAGCUGGGCUCGCUUGUUGGCCGCUCAUCAGGCUACAUUGAAUCCUUACCGGCACCCGUGCGGCGACGCGUGGCUGGUCUGAAGGGCAUUCAGAAAGACCACGCCAAACUUGAAGCCCAGUUCCAGGAGGAAGUAUUAGAGCUCGAAAAGAAGUACUUCGCGAAGUUCACUCCUCUUUAUGAGAGACGUGCCACAAUAAUCAAUGGUGCUGCGGAGCCAACCGACACCGAAGUUGAUGCGGGUAAAGGGGAUGAAGAGGAGGAGGAUGCCGAAGUCAAGAGUGAGGAGGUUUCGAAAAAGGAGGAUGACAAUGAGUCCCCAAGGUCUGGAAUCCCAGAAUUCUGGCUCUCCGCCAUGAAAAACCAAAUUUCUCUCGCGGAAAUGAUCACCGACCGGGAUGAAGAAGCUCUUAAGCAUCUCACCGACAUCCGAAUGGAGUACCUUGAUCGUCCAGGCUUCCGUCUGAUCUUUGAAUUUUCGGAGAACGAUUUCUUCAGCAACAAGACGAUCUCCAAGACCUACUAUUACAAAGAAGAGAAUGGAUACGGUGGUGAUUUUAUUUACGAUCAUGCCGAGGGCACUAAGAUUGAUUGGAAAUCCGAGAAAGAUCUCACUGUCCGUGUCGAAAGCAAAAAACAGAGAAAUAAGAACACCAAGCAGACUCGUGUUGUCAAGAUCACCGUUCCCACGGAGUCCUUCUUCAAUUUCUUUUCUCCUCCACAGCCCCCCGCAGACGACGACGAUACUGUCACCACCGACAUCGAGGAGCGCCUUGAACUUGACUACCAGCUUGGCGAAGAUAUCAAAGAAAAGCUCAUCCCUCGUGCCAUUGAUUGGUUUACGGGCGAAGCACUCCAGUUCGAAGAACUGGGUGACGACAUGGACCCGGAUGAGUUUGAAGACGACGACGAUGACGAGGAAGAGGACGAGGAAGACGAAGAUGAAGAUGACAGAAAAUCGGAUCGGGACGUGGAUGAUGACUCCGACGAAGAGGACGGUUCUUCCAAGCCCAAGAAGGAGGCGGCCGAAUGCAAACAAAGCUGAAAGUCUCGCGGCUUCAUCAUACAGGCAAAUGGAACAGAAUUAGGCCUUGCCCCGGUUCCUUCUUCUUUAUUUCCUCUUUCUUUUCCCACGCACUUCUAUUUGGUUCCCAUUUCACGCCCGUUCGCCUUCAUGAAAAUUUGCCCUAUCAGAAUGCUUCAACCUACCACAGUGCCGUGCAAACUUUUACUCAUCACUAAUUCAAGCUCAUCCAUAUCCGUAUUCCCGAGUGUAAAACCCGUGCACGCUGUCGCGCCUUUCACUUUGGGGGAUAUGUAAUGGGGAUAUUUCGGCACACGUUGGGCGUCCCAGAGUAAACCGCUUGGCGCUUUCGAGACUCCAUUUUCUUUCUUUUUCUCUUUCCCCCCCCCCCCCCCUUCCCUCUCUUUUUU